AGAUGGCUGUGUUAUGUGUGUGUGCAUGCAUGUUCACACUUUGCAUGUGUCGCGGGAUAAAUGUCGCAGUUUUAUCCGUGGAUGCGAGCAUAUUUUUAUUUGUGUUUACAAUUGUGUAUGUGUUUACACUGUAUCUUUGUGUCUUAAAUAGCGGAUGUAAGUUUAAGUGUGUGCAUGUCUUGUGUGUGUGUGUUGGCUUAAGAUUCAGAAAUGCCAGGAGGUCCGAGUGUAAAGGCUAUAUCACAGUGUGUUUUUCAGAGCAGCCAUGGACCACGCUGCACUCCACACAUCCCAGCAGUGAAACAGAUGUCCUGCAUGGAGGAAAUGAGGAAAGAGUUAAACAUAGCACGGACAAGGAUGAGUAAAAAGGGAGAGUAAAUCAGUCUCAGUGUGUGUGGAUGAGGCUGUGAGAGGGUGAGUGUAUCAGGAUGACGAUGAAAGGCUUGUCCUCCAGCCGCAGCCACCACCACACACUCACACACUGCGACCAAUCCUACGAGUCUUUGACCCUCCGCCACGAACGACGGCCUUAUGCCCUUAACCAGGCCCACCCGAGUGACCACAGCUUCUAUGGGUGCCAAUCAGAUCUGGCUAGCAGCACAUUUCCUCGCCGACAUCACGGAUCACAUCACGAGCUUAAGGACGAAUGCUCCAUAGUGCCCUAUGUGGGACCAGGGGGCAUAGCCGGAGGAACUGGGGGCGGGUAUGGCCCAUGCAGCUCAGCUGCCAUCCAUUCAUCCCUGCUGGAGAAAUUUGACCAGCAGCAACCAGUGAGAAAGGAUGGGUAUCACACAUUACAAUACAAACGGACUGCGGCGCUGGAGCACCAGCGCAGUGACAGUCCUGGGCGUAUACGCCACCUCGUACACUCUGUCCAAAAGCUAUUCACCAAGUCUCAUUCCCUGGAAGGUCCCAGUCAACGCAGCCUCAACGGAAACGACCCCGCUGUCCCAACCGAUGCAAUAGCGACUGCUACAUCCCAUCCAAACGUUUCCACCACAACUGUAGGCACCCUGCACAAGUCGUCCAGCAACAAACGGGGGAAAAACAAGGAACGCAGUCGCUCCGAGCCCAAACCUCGUGCACGGACACCCGGGUCGGGGUACUGGAGCUCCGACGACACUCUAGACCGGGAAAUCUGCCUUUACCACCAGCAUCAACCAUCUGGAGUCAUGACCAUGGGCCGGCAUCCAGACAAAUCCCAGUCCCACUACUUCUUGGGACAGAGCUACAACACACUAGGAGGGGGACACUCGUCCCUGAAGACCUCACGAAGUAACAAUGAUGUUGGAAGUUGCUACACUUGCUCCAACCCCACAGGAGGCACUCUGACCUUCAGAGGCCCGAUGUCAGUAGACCAGGCUGGGCCACUCGUCAAGAAGAGCUCCUGGUCAAGCACACUAACGGUGAGCAGGGCCCGAGAGGUGUACCAGAAGGCCACUGUCAAUAUCGAUAAAGCUCUAGUCAAAGCACAGACCUGCCAGCAGGGACGAACCUGCCAGUUUUUACAGGUUCCUCAGGAUGAGUGGGGUGGCUUCUCGUCUGUGGGUCAGGAUGACGAGAUCCCGUGCAGGAGGAUGAGGAGCGGCAGCUACAUCAAGGCUAUGGCAGAGGAGGACAGUGGAGACUCAGACUGCAGCCCUAAACCCUCACCCAAAGUCCAGGCCCGGAGAGCCAGCUACCUGAAAGCCACUCAGCCCUCCCUCACCGAGAUGACCACACUCAAGAUCAGUACGGAGUCCCAUUCCCCCAAGCUGCAGAUCCGGAGUCACAGUUACCUGCGAGCGGUGAGUGAGGUUUCAAUCAACCGCAGUUUGGACAGUCUGGACCCGGCCGGUCUGCUGGCCUCGCCUAAAUUUCGUUCCCGAAAUGAGAGUUACAUGAGGGCCAUGAGCACCAUCAGCCAGGUGAGCGAGGUGGAAGUAAAUGGGCAGAUUGAGGCUGUGUGUGAGAGUGUGUUCAGUGAGAUGGAGUCUAAGGCCGUGGAUGCUCUGGAUCUGCCGGGGACCGGAUGCUUUCGCAUGAGGAGCCACAGUUAUGUGCGGGCCAUCGAAAAGGGCUGCUCGCAGGAGGAAGAAGAGGAGAGAGCGAAACGUCAGGGCAUCUCACCACCUCGAACUACAACUACUGUUAGAACCAUCCAGAGCAGUACAGUAUCAUCAUGUAUAACCACCUACAAGAAAACCCCACCCCCAGUCCCACCCAGGUCAACACCCACCAGACCAUACAUCUCUAUAACAGCCCAGAGCAGCACAGAAUCUGCACAAGAUGCCUACAGUGAGCUCACCAGUGCUGGUCCUGCCAACCGGGCCUUGGCGGCGGUCCAGUCGGGCCUCAGCAACUCCACAGAGAGCAUUGAUAGCAUGAAGGCCCUGACAGCAGCCAUCGAGGCAGCGAACGCUCAAGUCCAUGGCCCAGCCAGCCAGCAUGUGACCAACAGCACCAUCACCAUCACCACAGCCUCCGCCACCACUAGCGUAAGACACAUCUCACAGGAAGCCAAGAGAGAUGCCCUCAGGAAGUGCCUGUCUAUAGGGAUACAGGUGGACGGUCCGGAGGAAACCAACCAAUCAGAAGUGAACUGCAAGUUUCAGUCGGUCGGCAUUCAAGUAGAAGAGGAGAGAUGCUACCGCAGAGUUACACGCUCCAACAGCGUCACCACUGCUGUUCAAGCUGAUCUUGAUCUUCUGGAGGGUCUUGGCGACGACCAGUUCACACAGACCCACCAGGGGCCCAUUGUCCGCCAACCAUCCCGAGAUUCUUCCACUUCUACUGUCAGCAUCCAGGGCUCUGGGAACCACUACCAUGCCUGUGUCCAGGAUGACUACACCGACGUGGGCUUUGACCCCUCCAUUCUGCCCCCUCCAGACCCCUGGAUGGAUGGAGCCAUGGAGGAGGAAUAUGCGAGUGGGGCAUCAGGGUCCGUGUGUCCGCAGGACGGAUGCUGGUUUCUGAAACUGCUGCAAGCAGAGGUGAAGAGGAUGGAGGGGUGGUGCAAACAGAUGGAGCAAGAUGAGAGAGAGAAUGAGCUCCCAGAAGACAUUCUCGGCAAGAUCCGUAGUGCAGUGGGUAGCGCUCAGUUGCUGAUGUCGCAGAAAUUCCAGCAGUUCCGGGAGCUCUGUGAAGAAAACUUGAAUCCCAAUGCCCACCCACGGCCCGUGUCUCAAGAUCUGGCAGGAUUCUGGGACAUGCUGCAGCUGUCCAUUGAGAACAUCAGCCUGAAGUUUGAUGAGCUACACCAGCUGAAAGCUAACAACUGGAAAGCACUGGAGCCUCCUGAGAGAAAGGAGAGGCGUGUGCCCCCUCCGGUACCCAGGAAGCCGAGGAGGGGUCCCGUGCAGCUAGUAAGAGACAGGUCUUUGGAGGGCUCCCAGCGGUUGGAGGCACGUAAGCGGCUGUUAGCGGCUAAACGCGCUGCUGCCUCUCAGCGCCAGAGCUCUGCUACAGAAUGCGCCGACAGCAUCGAAAUAUACAUCCCAGAGGCCCAAACACGAUUAUAAACACUGAAAUCCAGGUGCUCAGAAGCCUAAAUAGACAAACACACACACACACACACACAUCUUUAACCAUAACACAAUAGCACUGAAUGACAAAGGCAGGGUAGCUGUAACAUAAUCACUCCUCUUUUCUUGUGUAAAGGAGAGUUUCUUCACUGUGGGCUUCUACUGUAUGUAUUUACGACUUAAUUUUCCUCUCUUCCUCCGUCCUGCCAUUUGAGAUGUAGCUCCCUUAUUAAACUCCCAGAGACUUUUAAUAUUUAUAUUAGACACUAUAUAUUUAAUUGUUAAAAUAAUCAAUAAUAUAUAUAUAUUCAUGCAUACAAUACAACAUAUUAUUACAUUGGUUGAUAUUACUACCCAAAUAAGGCACACUACUGAAUUUUACAAUUUAAUUUGUAGUUUUUCGCAAUUACCGUGUAAGAGCCAUGUCUUGUGUUCUCAGAGAGGACAUAACAUCUAAAAGGGCAGCAUUCCGAUCACUUCUGAAGAUUUUAACGCCAAUGUAGCCACAAAUUCAGUGUAUGUAUGUAAAUGUGUUUGUCAGGCUUUUAGUACAUUACACUCUCUCACAUGUCACCCUGCACCUCUGAGACAGGGCGAGGUUGUUCUGUUUUCAGUAUCAGGGGAUAGAAUGGAAAAAACACCUCUUCUCUUCUUUCUUCUCCUAUUUUUCAACCUCCCACUUAGUCAUCCUCUCCCGUCCUCUCAAACCAUCCUAUCUCCUUUCCUGUCUGCUCACUAUCAUCUCUCCUCAGCAGUGUCAAUCACCUGUUUGACUGACAUAGAUGUCCAUUGUAUCCAUCAAAUGUGACACGCUUAUCUGUCACUGCUUGAAAGAAGCGCUGUCAGAACACAGAUUCAUUAGCCAUUAAUAAAUUAGCAAUGUGUCACGUUAUGAAACGUUACAUACGCAGUCAGGGAUUUCAUUAAGCAUUAAUCCCCGUUCACACUGACAGCGAUGAAGUUAUGCGACGUCUUUAUUUUCACAAUAUAUUCACAAUCUACGAAGGCACAACUGUGACCCAUUGUGAAUUUUUUUUUUAUUAUUGUGAUUGUUAUGACUUAGCGUAAUUAUAAUUUUAUGCUAACUGGACUUUUUAUCGUAAUUAUAACUAUUUCUCACAAUUAAGUUUAAGAUUCUAAUAGUGUAUCACAAGUUUUUAUUUCUCAUAAUUAUAAUUUUACGUAAUGUGAUUGUGGUUUUAGAUGUUAAUUGUGAUAACAUAAUCGUGACUGUUUCUCGCAGUUGCGUUUUCAUGUCUCAUAGUCACAAAUUAUAUAACAAUUGUGACCAUAUAUCACAAGAUGUUUAUAUUUCUUAAUUGCGACUUUACUCAUAUAAUUGCAGUUAUAAUAUACUGACUUAUAUCGUGAUUGAGACUUUAUUUUUCACUAUUACGUUUUUAUAUCUUUUAUAUAAGUCGCAUUAUUAGUAUACCUCAAUUAUGAUUCUGUAUAUCGCAAGAUAUUUUUUUCUCAUAAUUGUGACUUUACUUAACUUUUUUUUUUCAAAUUUAAGUGAUAAUUUUGAGUUCCUAUUGCUGUCAAAUUAUUAAUCGCGAUUAAUCGCAUCUGAAAUAAAAGUUUUUGUUUACAUAAUAUAUGUGUAUUGUGUAUAGUUACUAUGCUUAUAUAUAAAUACACAUACAUGCAUGUAUAUAUUUAAGAAAAAACAUGUUGUUUAUAUAUUAAAUAUAUUUACAUAUAAUAUAAAUUAUAUGAAUAUAAAUAUAUACAUGUAAAUUUAUGUAAAUAUUUUCAAUAUAUAUAUUGUAUUUGUGUUUAUUUGUAUAUACACAAUAAAUAAACACAGUACACAUAUACAUUUUUUACAACUUUUAUUUUGGAUGUGAUUAAUCACGAUUAAUCAUUUGGCAGCACUAGUUUAUAUCGUAAUUGUGACUUUAUUACUUUUACUCUCAUAAUAAAUAUAUCACAGUUGUGACCCUAUGUAUCAGGAGUGAUUUUAUUUCUAGUAACUGUUUCUGAAUGUAAUUGCAAACUUAUAAAUUUCAACUUUAUUUCUCAAUUGUGCUUUAUUUCUCACAUUGUGACUUUAUAUCUUAUCUAGAUAGGUCGCAACUAUAUUUUAACAUCGCUAUGGCAUAAUUAACUUAACAGCGACUCCUCCAGCAAUAAAAUAGCUGUCAGUGUGAACGGACACAACAAGACAUGACAUAAUUCUAUGGCAUUAAAUAGCUCCGCCCACUGUGAAAUCUCAUUGGUUUAUUCUGCUCUUCAUAACUAAAUUAAACAUCUGAUUGGCUGGGAUCAUUUCAUGUCACUCAGCAGUUUCUCAUAAGUAUGGGGAAAUUAUCUUGGCAGUAAACUUAUCAAAUCAUGCCCUGUUAGGACAUUUUGUUGAACAUGGCAUUAGAUUCGUUCAAAAAUUACACAUUAUUUAACAUAUUUUGUAAAUAUAUAAAUGAUGAAUUAUAAAACUCUUUCCUUACUGAUUACUAAUAUAGCUCCUUACUAUAUUAGUAUGUCUAUAAAUGUAUGUAUAAAUGAAUAUAAAGUAAAAUAUCAGUAUUUAUAAGACCCGAAUAAACACAUUUGAACUUACAGACCAUCAUUUUCUUCUUUACCAUUGCUUUUGACUUUCAGUAAUGCUUAAAGUAUUUUUUUUUAAAUACAGCUGCAAUGUCAUUAUGUUUAUAAUCACAAGCAUGAUAGUCUUUAUCCUCGGCUAAGUUAGUUGUGUGUGUGUUAUUCACAUCAAGUGCAUGUCCCCAAGUGCUUCCUAAUUUACCUGAAAGCAUCUCUCUUUUUUAUUUUCAACUGAUAUGUAGCGCAGUUGAUACUAUAGAUCAACUAAUUUCUUUUGUUUUUAUGUACACAAAGGUGUAUAUACUUUCAGCAACCCUGCAGAGAGAGUGCAAGUAAACACACGUAUCAAUGCAGAGCACAUAACAUCAGUUUAUUAUUUCUAUUUAAGAAAACCUACUUUAACCAUUGAAUCACACUCUUGUGCUGCUCAUGUAACUGAUUUGUAAACAGUGCUGCAUCAUAGCUGCACUGACAGGUUACUCAAUACUAGUCAAAACCUAACUGCACUGUCUCAUAUUAUUCAAUAACUGAUAAUACUAAUUUGCACUUGUUAAAUAUGUUAAAUAAACAGAGCUAUUUCUUUUUUCUUUCUCAGAAUAUUUCACUGUGGAUAGACACAUCACUAUAUACUUAUAUUAAUUCCCAGCAGCCAAUGUGCAGCCAUUCUCUAUUUUCAUAGACAGUUCAGUUGCAUUGGCUUUAGUUUGAUCCUGUAGGUGUUUAUCUUAUUAACUAAAGUCUUAGUUCCAGUUAUUAUGCACUAGAGCCCUUCUACUGUGGUUAAUGUUUGUUUGAAAUAUUAUUGAUGUUUAAACGCUCGGCCUUAAUUUAUGAAUAUAAGACAGUCAUGCACAACGUAGCCUCAGGGGAGACUAUAUAACGUGUGUAUGAAUGUGCGUGUGUAUGUUUGUGUAUGUGUAUAUCAUGGGACAGGUCUUAUACUGAAGAUUUUACCGUACCAAUUUAAGCAUUCAGUAUUGAUGACAAAAUACCCAUUCACAUCGAUAUUUCUGUAACUAAUGUGUUCAUUAGUAUUUCAUGGCAUUUACAGUCCAAAAUUAGGAAGAAUUUUUGUUUUGGACAAUCUGUGAUUAACACAAAGAAAAUCCAUAUAAUUUUAUCUGUAAAAAGACGAUAUAAAUAAAAUGAUACUAAAAUGUUUAUUGAAAUAUUAAUUGAUUACAUUUCAUUUUUGGUAUUUAAAGACAUAUCAAUGAGACAUCGAGAGAUAUUUUGGGAGACUAUAUCCCACUUAACGAUUUUGCUGAAAGUGAUCACAAUCUCAUUUUCUUAACUGUUGUCAUUCACUGAUGUGAAAAUAUCUGGCAACAUGAUAAGUUCUGACAUUUUAGGGUUUUAUCUCCAAAAAUAGAAGAUUAGACUGUGUAUUGUUGCCAAAAUGUGGACCGUGCACCCACCACAAUGUUUUGGGAAAUGAAGGCAGGAUGUUAUGAAUUUACUGUUCUGGUAAAAGCAUAAACUUUAUCAAAAUGACUGUGUGUAAAUACAUGAAUGUUCUUCAUUGUAAAUGUAAACUAUAUCUAAUGAUAUCUUACUACUUACAUUUUGUAUUUAUUGUAACUACACUGUUGAUGUUAUGGCACGUGUGAAAUUUUGAUCAUUAAAACAUUACAGAUGCUCACA